GUGUUAGUUUUAAAAUCGUCUGCAUUAGCGUAUAUGCGCCUUCGUUAUGCCGAUUUCUGACUGCACUAACAUAGUACACAAGUUAAUGGUAUAAUUGAUUGUGUAUAAAUUUACACAUGUGUUUUAAAAAAAAGUCGCUAAGUUAUAUUUGAUUUUUUUUUUGGAUUUGAAGUUGGUUAGAGGAACGAAAGCUGAAGAAUGAGGAUUUACUGAAAGUGAUACAUUUAAUCUUAACUCUAGUUGUGUUUGACAAAUCAAAAAGAUAAAUGAUAACAGGACCAGUUGUUACUGUUCGCGAAACAGAGACUGAACAAAUUAUGACAGCAGGAUAUGAUGUAGGUGCAGCUGACGCUCCUGCAACUAAUAGCCAGGACGUAACGCAAAGACAACCUAUCACAAGGUCAAGGUUGAACCUUGUGUUGUGCAUUGUCUUGGCAAUAAAUGCAUUGUUACAGUUUAUUGCGAUAUUUACGCCAGGUUGGAAUACGACGACUGGCGACAACAGUGGAGUUUAUGAAUCCGUAUAUUACAGAACAGUAUGCGUAACGGUUGAGGAAGAAAGUGAAUGUGAAACUAAGACAUACAGGAGAUUAUUCUCUGAUCGAUACGAUGCAUCCACCGAUGCCAGUAAACCAUCACUAGUGCUAGAGAACAAUUUGCGGGUACGACAUCAGAUGAACGUUCAGAUCAGCUGGAUUAUAGUUGUUGGGGCAACAAUUUUCCAGUUUCUACGAUAUAUCAGGACUAAAGAAUUCUAUCCAAAGCUCAUAGCCACCAGUACAGUGUGCCUCAUAAUAGCAUGCUCGUUUAUGUACCAAGCCUUGUACGAAGCAUUUUCACGUAUCGAUUUCUCACGACGAGCAGUUGAUUUACUAGAACAAACUACUGGCUUUCCGUAUAGUGUCUUCUUUUAUGCUAUUGCUUUUGUACAGACGUGUGCUAGUACCUUUCUGAUCGCGAAACAAACUUUAGACUGUAUGCAUUACCUCCAACAAAGUUCGGCUGAAAAUCAACGGAAAUACGAGGAACAGAGGAAGCGUUACGACGCAGAGGUUGAAAGGCUCAGACGUUCUCAAUACAUGCAUGCUGAAAAUACGCUUUUAGAGGCCAAGAGUAGGGGAUCACGCAAUGUAGACAGACAUCCAUACUGCCAACCUUCCCCAAGGCAAUCCCCUAGACCGUCACCCAGCCCGUCUCCAGGGUUGUCCCAACGAAACUCUGAUACCAGGACACAUUUUCAGUUCGGGGAUCAUCUUGACAGGUCACAUACGGGAUAUGAUGAACACGGCGCCAGUUCACAGGAACAUUCUAUAUUGGCUAAUAACCAUACCUCAGGGCAGUCCCCUAGACCGUCUCCAAGCCCGUCUCCAAGACUGUCCCCACGGUACUCUGAUGAAAGAGCACGUUCCAGAUAUAUGGAACUUCUUGAAAGGUCACGUGAAGGGCACGAUAAUCACGCAUUCAGUUUACAAGAUCGUUCUAUAUCGGGUAAUGACCAUAACAGACUACAUGAACAUUAUCCAAAACCACGUGAUCAAUCUCCAAGAACAUACGAACAUUCUCCCGAAUCAGGUGACACUUCCCAACAAGUAGAGCUAAACGAUAUUAAUAUCCAAGAUCAAAAUACCACAGCAGUGAAGUUGUAAACCUGAAAACUUUUAAUAUAACAUUAUAUAGUGUUUAUUUUUAUACUAACGCCAAGUGCUUACGACGUGCAGUGGUUCUUAAUUUUCCUUAAGGACUCAGUUUUGUAAAAUAGUUUGGUUUUAAACCCUUUUCUAUAACUUUAAUAAAAGUACAAAUAAUG